AGUUUAAUUCUGCAUUUACUUCGAAACUAAUCGAGUCAAUGACAAUUUCUAUAUCUUCUAAAAGAAAAUCGCAAACAAUCGGCAAAUAUAAGAAAAAUAUUUCACUUUAUAAAUUAAUGGAACAAUUUUGGAGUCAAAAAAAGAUAAACGAAAUUCCAAAAGGAUUUUUCGGAAAGUAUUAGCUGGAAUGGAGCGAUAUUGCGAGAAUACGUCUCUUCAUGGUCUCCGUUAUGUAGGAGACAGAUCUUUAUCAAUUUUUGAAAGAAUGUUUUGGUUGAUAUCAUUUUCCGUAGCCAUAGGAUUUGCAGCGUAUUAUAUUACAAAUAUAUUUCAAAAGUGGAAUUCAUCCCCGGUCAUCAUCAGUUUUAGUCCAUUCGAUGCUGACUUAAAAAGUAUUCCAUUUCCAGCUGUUACCAUUUGCAAUAUGAACCAGGCAAAGAGAACUGAGGUUAAUAAAAUUAUAGCUGAAGGAAAUCCAAGGGAUUUAAAACUUUUGGAUGAUCUUUGUGUCGGCAAUAAAUCUAAUCAACAACCCGACAAUUACACUGAACAAUAUGAUUGGAAGAAUCUAAGAAAUUUUCUCAUCAGGGUAGGUAGCUCAUGCAAUGAAAUGAUGAAAGCUUGUAAAUGGACUAACGACAAGAAAAAUUGCGAUGAAUUAUUCAAUAAUGAUUUAACAGACGAAGGUUUAUGUUGUUCUUUUAAUCGACUUCCGUAUAAUAAAAUAUUUAGAAAUCCAAAUGAAAUUUCACUUCUUAAUCAAACGUAUCCUGAAAACGUUUACGAUUGGAACCCAGAAAUAGGAUUUUCUAAUGUUGGUGACUACGAUAAUGAAAAUAUGGUACCUAGGAGACCCUUAGGAGCUGGUGCUCAUUUGGGUUUAUCUGUUUUACUAGAUGCUCAAAUAGAUGAGUACUAUUGUUCUUCUACCAGUAGCGUAGGUUUCAAGAUAAUUGUGAGUAAUCCUAUCGAAACACCUAAAAUGGCAGACUAUGGAACACUUUUGAGUCCUGGCGUUGAAGCAAGAUUUUCUAUAAAACCAUCUAUCAGGGAAGCUUCUAAAAAUCUUAGAAGUAUACCGCUCCAAAAAAGGCAGUGCUAUUUUGCGAGCGAAAGAAAACUUGUCUACUACAGGAAAUACACACAGGUGAAUUGUCUCCAAGAAUGUUUAAGUACAUUUAUUUAUAAUAGAUGUAAUUGUUCUCCUUAUUAUUUGCCUAAAAACUUUUCCAUGAGAUACUGUCAAGAAGAUGAUGAUGUUUGCGUAGAGGCAGCCAAAAAGAUAGUAGAUAAAGCAGAUCACGGAGAAGACAAUUGUUAUUGUUACGAAGAAUGUAAUUCGGUAAAUUACAAAUGGAAAUUGACAUUUAGCAAGCUGAGUAUGAGUGUGCCGAAUAAAUAUUAUUUUCUCAACAGCACACUUGAGUCGAAUGGCUUGCUUCUACUUCAUUUUUUCUUUGACGAAGUGCGAUUCGAAAAAAUAAUGAAAGAUCGUUUAUACAAUUUAACUGACUUAAUAGCUUAUAUUGGUGGACUGCUCGCAGUGUUUCUAGGUUUCAGCAUUUUCAGUUUUAUAGAAUUAAUUUACUACAUCACUUCGAGUUUGAUGCACGUUUUUUUUUCGUACAUUGAAGUGAAAAAUAUUGACCGAAACCGAAAUUAAAAAUAUAUUGAAUUAUUCUAAUGUGAAAUAUAAUUUUCGUGGAAUAGUUUAGAAAAAUGUGAGGGAAUAUUGGAAAUAUUUGUCUUAAUAAAAUUAAAUCAGCAAAAA